AAGACGGCAGAUUCAAUACAGCAUUCAUACGAAGCGCAUCGAAGCAACAAACAAACAAGCUAGUCAACAAUUAACUUCUUUUUUAAAAUUUUGAAAGUUUAGAAAUUAUAAUAUUCAACAAUGUCGAUUAUUCCAUUUUUAAUUGGUGAUGUUAUGAGUGAUCCAUGGGCAAAUCGAUCUUCUCGUAUAUUAGAUCAACAUUUUGGAUUGGGAUUAAAUGGUGAUGAUAUUUUUGAACCGUUAACAGUUCCAUCGUUAUUGCAUCGUAACUAUUAUCGACCAUGGAAAUCAGCACUAGCCAAGUUGGAUCAAGGUUCUACAGUAGUAGCUGAUAAAAAUAAAUUUGAAGUAUCUUUGGAUGUACAACAAUUUACUCCCAAUGAAAUUCAAGUUAAGGCCAUCGAUGAUAACCAUAUUAUUGUGGAAGGAAAACAUGAGGAGAAGAAAGAUGAACAUGGAUAUAUUUCACGACAAUUUACACGUCGAUAUGUUUUACCAGAAGGAUAUGACGGUAAAAAUAUAGUAUCCAGUUUGUCAUCAGAUGGGGUGCUAACAAUAUCUGCUCCAAAAUUGGCAAUUGAACAAAAUGGUACUGCUGAAAGAACCAUUCCUAUUACUCAAACUGGUCCAGUGCGGAAACAAGCUGUCGAACAGGCGAAACAACAACAGUAAAUGCUUUUUUCAGUAAUUUUUAUGAUUUUUUUUUUUUUUAUAUUAUCUCCA